UCAUUUAUUCUAUGUUUGGCGCGUAUAUUAACCACCACCGGCAAAACACCCACAAAAAAAGCGAGCACGCAUAAAGAAAGAUCAAAACUUCCCCAUCCCUCUUCCAAAAUCCAUCCCUCAAAAAAAAUAAAAAAAAAUACUCCUUUCGAAAUUUCGCAAAAAAAAUCGAAGCCGAAAAAAAAAAAAAAGUUUCAGCUUUAAGGAAAGAGAUCAAGCGACUGAGAGUGGUGUGGAGACAGAACCAACCACGAUCUGUGGUUUUUUUUUUUUUUCUUCCUUUCUCCAAUCUCAGGAAGAAAAAAAGUUUCUUCCCGACACUCCCAUUUGAUCGGAGAGCUCGACAUUGGUGGGUUCUGUUUCGCCGCUCCGACUAAAGGUUAGGGUAAAACAAAAAUGGAGCGGUACGGUGGCGCCGGAGAAGAUGAGUCGCGGUCGGAUCCAUCACAUGAAUGGUCCGCUCCAGGAACCGAAACUGGUAUUGAAGCUUCGAUGUGGCGGUUAGGGUUGCGAGGCGCUGGAGGUGGAGGUGAAUCGUUCCCGGAGCGACCCGAUGAACCCGAUUGUAUCUAUUUUUUACGAACCGGUGUUUGCGGGUACGGGUCUAGAUGUCGGUUCAAUCACCCACGAAACCGUGCUCCGGUCUUGGGAAGUCUCAGAACAGAAGCUGGAGAGUUCCCUGAGAGAAUGGGACAGCCUGUGUGUCAGCAUUUUAUGCGGACAGGAACAUGUAAAUUUGGUGCUUCUUGUAAGUAUCACCAUCCUAGACAAGGAGGAGGAGGAGGAGAUUCUGUUACUCCUGUCUCACUAAAUUACAUGGGAUUUCCAUUACGCCCGGGGGAGAAAGAAUGCUCCUAUUUCAUGAGAACCGGUCAGUGUAAAUUCGGUUCCACCUGUCGAUAUCACCAUCCCGUCCCUCCUGGUGUGCAAGCUGCAUCGCAGCAGCAACAACAGUUAUCUGCUGGUCCAACUAUGUAUCCAUCGCUUCAGUCUCAAUCCGUUCCUUCAUCGCAGCAAUACGGAGUAGUUCUAGCUAGACCUCAGAUUUUACCUGGCUCCUAUGUUCAAAGCCCUUAUGGUUACGGUCAAAUGGUUAUUCCUCCCGGUAUGGUUCCAUACUCGGGCUGGAACCCUUACCAGGCUUCUGUAAGUGCCAUACCUUCUCCUGGGACUCAACCGUCAAUUGGAACCAGCUCUGUUUAUGGAAUUACGCCGUUAUCUCCUUCAGCGCCUGCCUAUCAAUCCGGUCCAUCUUCUACCGGUGUUACAAAUAAGGAACAAACUUUUCCUCAGCGACCUGAACAACCCGAAUGUCAAUACUUUAUGAGAACCGGAGAUUGUAAAUUCGGAUCCUCAUGCAGAUUCCAUCAUCCUAUGGAAGCAGCAUCGCCCGAGGCAAGUACCCUCAGCCACAUUGGCCUCCCACUUCGUCCCGGCGCAGUGCCAUGCACUCACUUUGCGCAACACGGUAUUUGCAAGUUUGGGCCUGCCUGCAAAUUCGACCACUCCUUGGGCUCUUCUUCACUAAGCUACAGCCCAUCCCCUUCUUCGCUCACGGACAUGCCCGUCGCACCUUACCCUCUCGGGUCCUCCUCGCUCGGCACAUUAGCUCCAUCAUCAUCAUCAUCCUCAUCUGACCAACGCACUGAGCUUCUCUCUUCCAGCUCUAUUGAACCUAUAACCACAGCAACAAGUGGCUCAGAAACUGUGGCUGCUGGAGUCUCUUCUUCUUCUUCUAUGACCAGCGGUGUGAGCCAUCCCGAGCCUGCUGAGACCAAUAAAGGUGACUCAGCUAGCAUUGAGGCUAAAACUUCAAGUUAAAGAGACAAAUCUCAAAGGAGAGAAGAGAAUCUCUCUCUAAUCUUCAUAGAUUAUUUAUCUCUCUUAUUCUCUCUUUCUCUCUUCUUCUUUUCAUCAAACUUUCAUGAACUCAGGAACAUAAAAAGGAUAUUUUUUGGGCGGAGAGACAACAACAGGAAACAAAGCAGAGAGAUAGACAAAAGGAGCUCUCUCUAGUCCUCUGUGUUAUGUCUCUCCUCUUAGGUCUCUCUUACCAUGUUCAUAUUAUUCCUUCAUACGGCCAUCUCUCUGUCUUUUGUUGUUUUUUUCUUUUCUUUUUGGAAACGUUGAUUAAUAAAAUGGCCUUAUAUAUAUUCACAACAAUCAUCUGAUUACUUAGAA